UACGUUUCUCUUUAAACUCCAAUCAUGUCUCUCUUCACAUCUUUCUUAAGUUGCUUUGUUCCAAAAUCCAGCUCAAGGAUUAGUUCAAUCGAUGGUAGUAUCCCGAAAGGCUUGUCGUUGGAGAAGCCAAAAAGCAAAUCUGAAUCUCUUAGAGCUCCAAUCAUUGUAUCUUAUUUCCCCGUGCCCGUGGCUUCAAGGCUUUCGCGUUUGUAAGAAGUGUGGGAAGGUCAUUGGCAUAUUUGUUGUCAUGUGAGACUUUUUGUUUUGUUCCUUUUGUUUGGUUAUUUGCAAAUUGUAAUGGACC